AUGGCAGCUCGUCUAUCUUUACUCGGUCUCCUAGCAUGUGCUCGGAGCAGCCUUGCCGCUUCUUGCGAUCCGGAAACUUUCAAGGACGUUGCUUCUGAUGUCUUUGGCGUGCAAGCGGUCGAGAUUCUGGCUAAGGAGGUGACGAAGUGGAAUGAAUACGAGACGUCGUUUCCCGCUCUUCCUCCCCUCCCUAUUCACCCUCCACCGCCGGUUAGCUUCUGCAAUGUCACAGUACUCUACACCCAUCCAGGUACGUACCGGUAGCAGCUGAGAAUAGACUCUUCUUGGCUCAAAUGGCUGUCUAGGCCUGAACGAUACCAUUCGGGCCACAACCUGGCUUCCUUUGAAAGAUUGGAAUCACCGUUUCCUGGGCCAAGGUGGUGGUGGUUGGGCAUGUAUCUGGAGUCAAAACAUACUAAUGUUCAGGUCUGCUGACAAUCUCAGUGUGCUGGUCACGAAGGAGCACUGGCAUAUGGCGUAGCGCUCGGCUUCGCGUCAGUGAACACCGAUUCGGGACAUUCCUACUUCGGCGAUCUUCCUCAGGCCGCUCUCGAUUCCAGUACCUGGGGACUCACAAGCCCAGGCAACACCAAUUUGAAUUCACUGUGUAACUUCGGUUACCGUUCGCUUGACGAGAUGACCGUUAUUGGAAAGAGAGCAACGGAAGCUUUCUAUGGCGAACCGGUCACGUACUCUUAUUGGAAUGGGUGUAGUACUGGUGGCCGACAGGGUCUUGUCUUGGUAAGUCAACCAAUCGACUGUCUGGCCAAUUCCCCAAGACUGAUCUUCUGAGGCAGGCACAAAGAUACCCAAAACACUAUCAAGGCAUCAUCUCAGCUGCUCCGGCUAUUAAUUGGGUUACGUUUCUGGUUACGGAAUUCUGGCCCCAGAUUGUAAUGAAGCAGCAGAACUACUAUCCACCUACUUGCGAACUGGAUGCCAUCACACAGGCUGCGAUUGAAGAGUGUGACGGGCUUGAUGGCGUUAUUGAUGGCAUCAUUGCUGCACACGGCCAGUGCCGCUUCAAUGCCGAUUCGGUUUUGGGGAAGGAAUUCGAGUGUGGCAAGGAGAAGAGGAAGAUCUCCAAAGAGGCUGUGGAAGUCGCCAAGGCUACAUGGCAGGGACCGCGCUUGGGCGAUUAUCCGGUGUGGUUCGGUGUGUGAUAAUCACAGUCCAGCACUUUCAGGCUCGAUGCUAAUAAGGGGUUCUUCAGGUCUCGCUCACGAAGCUUCCCUCCAUGGAGUCGAACCGAUGCUCCGCGGGUUGGCUUCCACCGACUGUGACGAGAAGAAUCAGAAUUGCAAAGGAGCCCCCUUUGCCAUUAGCGCGGAUUGGAUCAAACACUGGGUCUUGAAAGAUCCCUCAUACGAUCUGAGUACCAUUGACGAGGUCAUGUUCUAUGAGAUUCUACGGGAUUCCCGUCAACAAUACCACUCCUUCAUAGACAAUGCCGAUGCGGAUCUGCAUUAUUUCAAGGCUGCAGGUGGGAAGAUUAUUCACUGGCACGGGUAUGACGACGGCACCUCUCCAAAUGGGAGACUUCAAGCUAAUUGCGAUCUCAAACAGUCUUGCCGACCAAUUGAUUCCCUCCAACGGAAGUCUGAACUACUACCAGCGCGUCAAAGCCACAGUUGCAGACGUUGACGACUUCUACCGCUACUACGAAGUCCCCGGCGUCGCGCACUGUGCCGGCGGUGUCGGGGCAAUCCCAGUCUUUGCCAUCACAGAACUGAUGGCUUGGGUGGAGACGGGCCAGAAACCUGAUAUGCUUGAAGGUAUCCGUACGCCUGGUAUGGCUGGGGCUCCGGGGCCUCAGAUCAAACGGAACAUCUGUCCUUGGCCGAAGGUCGGUAAGUAUAAGGGGGGAGAUGAAAGGCUUUUGUCGUCGUACGAGUGUGCGGAUGAAUUUGGAAAAGCCGCGACGAAGGACAAGAAGCAUGAUGAACUGUGA